AUGUAUGCUCUGGACUUCUCUGCUGAAGCACACCGCACAUCUCCUGCCCUACUGCUCCCCGGCCCGUCAGACCAUCACCACCCUCAUUCCCCUUCACCGGCUGAUGAUCCCCUUAGUCUGCCUCACGACCCCCCUUCUCAGCACGGGCAUCUAAGCCCUGGGUGGAACUCUAACCUGCAGCGUGGGGAUUCGAACCCGGGUCUGCAGCUUGAAGAGGUUCACUCAGGUUGCCAGCAGCUGGAUUUGAACCUGGGUCUGCAGCAUGAGGACUUUAACCCUUAUUGCCAGCAGCCGGAGUUGAACCCGGGUCUGCAGAAGUACCGGGUGACGUACACCAAGUUCGAGGGGGACGAUGAGGAUGUGGUGGGGCUGCGCUUGCGCCUGCGCUCGCGGACUCUCAGCGUGGCAGAGUGCGAACGCGUGCGCGAGGGGAUGGUAGUGGUGGCAUUCGUGAAGCACCCCGAGGGAGACCCUAGUGUGGACGCAGAGGUGAGAGAGACCAAGGUUGGUUUGAAAGGGAGCCUGCGCUCGCAGACGCUCAGCGUGGCGGAUUGCAUGCGUGCAGGAGGGCAUGGUGGUGGUGGCGUUUGUCAAGCACCCCCAGCGCAUUACGAUGGGCGGGUGGUGGCGAUUGACAGGAAGCCUCACAAGGUGCCGGGGAGGGGCAGGAGGGCGCGCUGCGAGUGCACCUUCUACCACCAUCUAGAGUCUAUCGGGCAGCCGUACCCCGUGCCGAGGGUGGAGUGGUGGAGCAGAGUGGGGGGCGAGGAGGUGGUGGUGAGUGGGUGGGGGUGGGAGGAUUGGCGGGUGGAUCAGCCGUUUUCCUGGCAAGGGCUCGUGCUGACUGCUCCUGAUGGUGUGGCUGGUGCUGGUGGUGAUGGUGGUGGUGGUGCGGCUGCUGUUGAUGCUGUUGCUCCGGAUGCUGGUUUUGCUGCUGGUGAUGCUGCACCAGGUGAUGAUGCUGCUGCUGCCAGUUGUGCCAUGGGGGGGAGUGGCAUGGGGGUAGAUGGCAUGGGUGCGAAUGUAAGGAUUUGCAAUGGCAUGCAUGGCAACAGCGCGCCCAGCAACCACAGGGAUGCGGAUUGCAGGCAGCGGAACGAUCUCCGUGCUGCUGGUGCUUCUGCUGCUGGUGGUGGUGGCAAGUGUGCAUUGGAUGUGCUCGGUGCUGGUAAGCCGCCCUUCACACCUGCCAAUGCAUCCUGCUGUGCCUCCUCCCCACCGCCUUCACUCCCUGCCCCUCUGCCCUCAUGCGCGAGCAGCAACGGGGGUGGGCCUGGAGGGAGCAGCACUGGUGGUGGGCUCAGGGAACAGUGUUGUUGUGGUGGUGGUGCUGACAGGGAUGCUGCUGCUGCUGUCGGCGCUGCUGCUUCUGCAGGUGAUGCUUUUGCUGCUGCUGGUGGCGAUGCUGCUGCUGCUGGCGAUGCUGCUGCUGCUUCUGCUGGUGAUGCUCCUCCUCCUCCUGCUGCUGCUGCUGCUCUUGCUGGCAGCAGUGGCAGUGGUGGCAGUGCUGAAGCGAUCUUGAAUCUCCCUGGAGUGACUGUUGCCCCUGGUGACGGUUCUUCUGAAGGGGAGGUUGAACGAACGGUGGUUGAGUGUGAGGAAAUCCGAGGAGAGGAGGAUGGGGGAGACGGGGAUGGGGAAGAGGGGGACGUGAUAGAGUGGGGAGGGGGAGAGGGGGACGUGAGAGAAUGGGGAGUGGAAGAGGUGGAAAUGAGAGAGCGGGAAGCGGAGGAUGGUGCAUUGGACGAGGAGAAAGAGUUGGAGGAGGAGGAGAAAGAGUUGGAGGAGGAGGAGAAAGAGUUGGAGGAGGAGGAGAAAGAGUUGGAGGAGGAGGAGAAAGAGUUGGAGGAGGAGGAGAAAGAGUUGGAGGAGAAAAACGAUUUAGGGGAGGAGGAGAAGGAGUUGGAAGAGGAGGAAAAGGAAUUGGGGGAGGGGGAGAAAGAAUUGGGGGAGGAGGAAAAGGAUUUGGAGGAAAAGGUGUCGGAGGAAAAGGAAUUGAGGGAGGAGAUGAAAGAAUUGGAGGAAGAGGAGAAGGAAUUGGAGGAGGAGGAGGAGAAGGAAUUGAGGGAGGAGGAGAAGGAAUUGGGGGAGGAGGAAAAGGAAUUGGAGGAGGAGGAGAAGGAAUUGGAGGAGGAGAAAAAGGAAUUUGAGGAGGAGGAGGAGAAGAGAGAGGGAGAUGAUGAUGAUGAUGUCGUGGAGGUGCAAGAGGGAUGGGGGGGGAACGAGGUAGAGGCAGAGGUGAAAGAGGAGGAGGUGAAAGAGGAGAGGAAAGAGGAGAAAGAAGAGUUGGAAGAAGAAGAGAAUGCAGAGGAAGAGAAAGACAAGGAGGAGAAAGAGGAGGAGAAAGAAGGGGAGAAAGUGGAGGAGGAACAGGAGGAGGAGAAAGAGGAGGAGAAAGAAGGGGAGGAAGAGGAGGAGAAACAGGAGGAGGAGAUAGAGGCGAGAGAAGGGCAGAAAGAGGAGAAAGAUAUGGAGGAGACGGGGGAGAAAGUGGAGAAGAAAGAGGAGGAGAACCCGGGGGAGAGACAUGAGGUGAAAGAAAAGGAGAAUACGGAGGAGGAGAAUGAGGAGGAAGACGGAAGUGGAAACGGCAAGGCUGCUGAAGGCGGCUGCGAGAGGGAGGAAGGAGAGACUGAUGUGGAUGGGUUGAGGUGCGUCACACGUCAACCGUCUGAUCCACGGGGGGCUUUAAAGGUGAGGUUGGUGAGGCGCAUUACACGGCACCCAUCAGAUGCGCUGGCGUCCCAGGCGAGGUGGGUCGCCUGUGGUGCGACGGGCGAAGAGGGAGAUGAAGAGGAGAGUUAUCGGCAAUCCUGCAGACAGGGUAGUGAAGGCGGGGAGGGUGGGGAAGGUGGGGAGGAUGGUGAGAGAGGAGAGGGUGAAAGACUGGGCGGGAAUCAGGGGCAUGCGGCACAGGGUGGGGAGGAGGGGCGUGAGGGGAAGGGUGGGGAGAUGAGCAGUGGAGGAACGGGUGGGGAAAGGGGGGAGGUUGAAUGUCCGGAGACACAGCAGCAUUAUCUGAGGAGCAGGAAACGGAGCGAGGGAGGAGGAGAGAAAGGGAGAGGAGAGGAAGGGAGAGAAGAGGGAGGGAGAGGAGUGAAGCGAGGAGCGGGGCAGUGGGGGCAGCUUGGCAGGGCGAGGGGCCAUCGGAUGUGCCGCCAUGCCCCUCCUCAGCUGCUGUUUGGGCCUCCACCCUCUCGUGUUGAGGCACCUGCUGCUGCUGCUGCUGCUGCUGCCUCACCUGCCCCCUCUCUGCCCACACGUGACACAGGCGUUCCUCCUGCAUCACCUGCAUCACUCGCCAUGCGUGGUUUCCUGCUGAGAAUGCCCACACGUGACACAUGCGUUUCUCCUGCUCCACCUCAAUCCUCCACAGUCCCUGCUCCCUCCCCUCCCCCACCCGUUGCACUUGCUGCACCUGCCCCUCCACCCGUCGCUCUCUCCCUACCUGCCGCUCUCGGCACAAUCCUAGCUGCUGCUGGCAGCACAGCGCCUCCGGCCGCUGGCAUGACUCAGCAGGCCGACAGUACAGCUCAGCAGGCCAGCUGCGUGAGUCAGCUGGUCCGCUGCGUGACUCAGCGGGCCAACAGCUUGGCUCCCCAGGGGAGCAGGGUGUGUGAGGAGCAAACGAGUGCGGUGCUGCAGGGGUUUGGCUUGGUUCUCAUCACAGGGGAAGCAGCUGCAGCCCAGGCAUCCACCCACCCCUCGCCUGUGCAGCCAGUCGCUCACCUCUCGCCUGUCUGUUUUGCAGCUCAGCCUUUCUCUGCGCUUGGAGCGCCUGUGCACCCAACGCCUCCUUUCCAGUCCACUGCCCAGCCCUCUCCCGCUCAACCUACCUCUCAGCCCUCCCCUGCCCAGCCAACUGGGCAGCCCUCUGGUGUCCAUUCCACGGCUCCUCCACUCCCUGCUGUGCCACCACUCGUACUGGAACCCCCCUCUCUUCCCGCCCAGCAAAACGCUCACCCCUCUCCUGCUCAACCACCUACUGCUGAGCCCUCUGGUGCCCGUUCCGCAGCUGAACCGCUGCCUGACCAGCCAGCACUCGUUCUCGAACCCCCUCCUGGUCCCUCUCGCAGCCUUUCUUCAACCAUACUUCAUGCAUCGCUCCCCACCCAAGCCUCGCCCCCAAAUCAAGACCCGCCCCCCAUUCAAAACCUCCCCCCCAUGCAGUACCCGGUCUCUGCGCACGGAUCUCCCCGCACCCAGCCCUUUCCUUCUGUGGAUCUCCCUCCAAGUUCUCAGCACAUCUCCCCUGGUACUGCGCCUGCAACUGCCCCUGCAACUGUCCCCGCAGCUGCUCCAACUGCCCCUGUCACUGCCGCUGCGAUUCCCCUUGGUUUUAUGGAGACAAGCAGGCAGAUGCUGCAGGCACAGGGGGAGCAUGCGUCGAAUUCUGGAGAAGCGGAGCGAGGGGAGUGUUGGGAAGGGACGGAGAGGGAGGUGGGAGAGGAAGCAGAGAGAAGGGCAGGAGGCGAGGAUGGGGGAAUGGAGGAGAGGAGUAAAGGGGAGGAAGAGGGUGCAAGAGGGGAGGAGCAAGGGGGAGAGGGUGCAAGGAGUGUGCAAGAGGAGGGAGAUGGUGCAAGGAGGGAGCAAGGAAAAAGAGAGGAGCGGAUACACUUGCGAGAGAAUGAGCAGAUGCAAGGCGAGGGGCCGACGCAAGGCGAGGGGCCGACGCAAGGCGAGGGGCCGAUGUGGAAUGAAGGGCAGACACGGAGUGAGGGGCAGCAAGAACAAGGUAGGGAGGGUGCAGAGCAGAGAGAGGAGCGACGUGUGCAAGGAGGGGUGGAGGAGCCAAGGGUGGAGGAGCCAAGGGUGCUGGGAAGAAUGGAGGGGGGAGGGGUGCAGGGAAGAGCGGGGACCCGAAGGGUGAGGAGGAGAAGGGGGGCAGGGGAAGGGGUGGAGAGAAGAAUGGGGAGGGGAGAGGUGCAGAGAAGAGUAGAGGAGCAAGGGGUGCAGAGAAGAGUAGAGGAGCAAGGGGUGCAGAGAAGAGUAGAGGAGCAAGGGGUGCAGAGAAGAGUAGAGGAGCAAGGGGUGCAGAGAAGAGUAGAGGAGCAAGGAGUGCAGAGAAGAGUAGAGGAGCAAGGGGUGCAGAGAAGAGUAGAGGAGCAAGGGGUGCAGAGAAGAGUAGAGGAGCAAGGGGUGCAGAGAAGAGUAGAGGAGCAAGGGGUGCAGAGAAGAGUAGAGGAGCAAGGGGUGCAGAGAAGAGUAGAGGAGCAAGGGGUGCAGAGGCGAGUGGUGGGACGAGGUUGGGCCGCCACUUGUGCUGCUGCUGUUGCUGCCGCUGUCGCUGCCGCUGCUGCUGCUGCUGGCAUUGCUGCUGGUGCUGGUCGUGCUGGCACUGCUGCUGCCGCUGCUGGUCCUUCUGUUGGCCGUGCUGGUUCCCUUGGGGAUGGUGAUUUUGCUCGUGAUGGCGACGCGGAUAGGAAUGGUGUGGAGGGGUUGGAAGCGGUGGUGAGGGACAGAUGGUCUGGAAGCGACAACAGGGGGAUGGAAGAGCAGGGUUUGAGCCUAGGUGGUGGUGGUGGGUUAAGAGGGACGGUGAGAGAUGUGGGAGAGGAGGCGAGGAAUGGAGGGGAGGGAGAGAGGGAGAAAGAGAGGGAGAGGGAGAGUAUGCAAGAAAGGGAGGAGAUGAGGGGGGAAGGGAGGGAAAAGAGGAGGGAGGAAAGGAGGGAAGAGAGGAGGGAAGAGAGGAGGGAAGAGAGGAAGAAGGAGAGGAGGGAAGAGAGGAGGGAAGAGAGGACAGAAGAGAGGGAAAGGAGGAGGGAUGAGAUGAGGGAAUUGAGAGAGGAGAGGAGGGAAGAGAGGGGGGAAGAGAGGACGGAGGAGAGGGAAGGGAGGAGGGAAGAGAGGUGGGAAGUGAGAGAAGAGAGGAGGGAAGAGAGGAGGGAAGAGAGGAGGGAAGAGAGGAGGGAAGAGAGGAGGGAAGAGGGGAGGGAAGAGAGGAGGGAAGAGAGGAGGGAAGAAGUUGUGAGGCUGAGAGAGGUGACUGAGAGUAUGGAAUUGGAGGAAGGGGAGGUGGUAGAAGAGGGGGAGGAGGGGGAGGAAGGGGAGGUGGAGGAAAUGGAGGAGGUGGAGGAAGGGGAGGUGUUAGAAGAGGGGGAGGAAGUGGAGGAAGGGGAGGAGGUGGAUGGAGGGGAGGAGGAAGAGGAGGUAGAGGAGGAAGGGAUAGUUGGGUGCAGAGGGUGCAUGGUAGCGAGCGAGAGGGGAGGCGGUGUGGGUGGAAUGAGUGGGGCACGUGCGGGGGAAGGGAGGAGUGAGCAGCCCCCCCGUCAGGCACCCGUAGCAGCGGAUCCCAACGCGGUGCGUGCAGAGGCGCACAGGGGAGGGCUCGUGAGCAUGUCCAUGCCCAUGCUUGUGGGUGGAGAGAUGCAAUCGAGAGGGGGCAUGGUCAUGGGCAUGCCUAUGCCCAUGCCCAUGCCCAUGCCCAUGCUUGUGGGUGGAGAGACACAAACGAGAGGGGGCAUGGGCAUGGGUGGAGAGGCACGCAGGGGAAGGCUGCUGGGCAUGCCUGUGGGUGCCUCUCAUGUGAUUGUUCUGUCUGAUGACGAUGAAGAGGCAGGCCAGGGGGAGGCGAGUCCGAGGGAGAGGGGCCGGGUGGAGGAGGGUCGGGCGGAGGAGGUUCGGGUGGAGGAGGAGGGAGAAGAGGAGGAGGGCAGAGGGAAAAGGGGAUGCUUUGAAAGGGAAGAGGGGGAGAGUGGGGCGAGGCUAGUGGGGGAGAAAGAGGCAGCUGGGAUGGUGGGAGGCGAUGCAGAGGAGUGGAAUGAGGGGGGGCAGGGGGUGCAGGAGGGAGAAAGGAGGAGUGGUUGGAGAGGGCAUUUUGAAAAGGAAAAUGGGGAGGGACAUUCCGAAGGAGAUCCAGAUGCGGGGAUGGAAGUGGAGGGAGGCAGAGUGAGGACGAGUGAGUGUGAGAUGCGGCCAGGUGAAGUGGGGAAGAGGGAGGUGCUUGAGCAGGGAAAGAAGGGCGAGGAGAGGGAGGAGGGGGGGGAGGAUAGGGAGGAGGGUGCACAAGGAGAGGAGAAGGAGGAUAAGGAAGAGGGAGAUCAGGGCGAGAAAGGGGGGAAGGAGGGGCAGGGAGUGCAGAGAGUGCAGGGGGAGGAGAGGGAGCAGGGCGGGAAGAGUGAGGAGAAAAAAAAGGAGCUGUCCGGAAUGGUUGGGGAAUGUGGGGAGAUGGAAGGGACCGGGGAGGAGGGGAAGCGGCUGGGGAGUGCUGCUGGCGCAUGUGGGGGUGAUGCAGGGAGGGGAGCGAGGGUGAUGCACAGGAAGGAGGACGUGAAGGGGAGGCGAGAGGAUGAGAGGGUUGAGGCAUGGCAUGGGAAAGAGGUGAUUGUGCUGGAUGUUAGUGAUGAGGAGGAGGACCAUAACGAGCGUGCUAAUAACGAGGAUGAGUCAAACAAGGGACGUAAUGAUAAGAUGGGAGGUGGGGAGAGUGAGAGGGAUGGGGUGAGUAGGGUGGGAGGAGCAAUGCAGAGGCAAGGGGAUGGGGAGAGAGGGGGAAGUGAGUGCGAGGAAGGGGCUGCGAAAGUGCGAGGGAGAGAGUGUGGUGUGGAGGAGGAUUCGGAAUUAGAGGAAGGGGAAGUUCGAGAGGAGGAGGGGGAUGAGGAUGAUGGGUGGAAUGAUGGGGGAGAGAGCAGUGAGAGAGAAGGGGAGAUAGGGAACAAUGCUGGGUAUGAUAAGGAGGGUGGGGAGGUGAGGCGUUAUCAAGAGGAUGAGGAGAUGAGGGAAAAGGAGAGGAAGGAAGAGGAGAGGAUGGAAGAGGAGAGAAAGGAAGAGGAGAGGAAGGAAAAGGAGAGGGCGGAAGAGGAGAGGAAGGAAGAAGAGAGAAAGGAAGAGGAGAGGAAGGAAAAAGAGAGGAAGGAAGAGGAGAGGAAGGAAGAGGGGCGGCAGGGAAUAAAUCAGGUGACAAGAGAGGAGGAAGGGAACAAGGAGGAAAGGAGUGGGAAGAUGCGAGAGGAAGGUGAUGCAGUGGAAGCAAAAGGUGGUCAGAGACCGGCGGGGCUGGGCCGUGCGUGGGGCUUACUGGCUGCUCGUAGCAUCAUUCCCCAUCACCCGCAUGGCCCGUGUCGUGCUCACCACCCCCACCAUGUUCAUCUCUCUCGCCCUCGUUACCCUUGUCACUCUGCUGCGCCUACUGUGGUGGGUGCUUCUAGCGCGCCGGUGAAGGAUGGGGCUGUUGGUGUGAGGGAGGAGGAUGAGGUUGAAGAGGAGAUUAUCUUUCUGGAUGAUGAUGAUGAGGAAGAGGAGGAGGAAGAGGAGGAGGAAGAGGAGGAGGCGAGGAGAGUGGGACAGGGAGAGGGGAGAGAGCAAGGAGAGGAGACAGGGGGUGCGACGGUGGUUAUAUUGGAUGAUAGUGGAAGAUGUAGAGAGGGGAUGGGGCAAGUGGAAACAAGGAAGGAAGAGGUAGCGAGGAAGGAAGAGGGAGAAAUGACGGGGAGAGCACACAAAGAGUUGGAAGGUGUGGAGGAGGCGGGCGAGGAAGGGGAUGGAGUGUGGGGGCAGGAAGGAAGUGAAGGGGUGCGGCGAGAAGAGGAAGGUGAGGAGGCUGAUCAAGGGGCAGAGGAGGAAAGCAAGGAGCAGCCAAAGGAGUUGGAAAGGGUCUCAGGUGGAGAGGUGGAAGGGGACGGAAGGUGCACUGGCAACAGGGCCGUUUUUGAGUCGACUCAAGAGGUACCUAAAGAGUUGGAGAAAGCACCAGAUGGAGAGGUGGGCGGGGAAGGAAGGAGGCCAGGUAAGAGGGGAGGCAGGGAAGAGGAGUGGGAUGUGUGGGGUUGGGAGCGUGCAUGGAAGAGGGCGAAGAGUGCCGUGGAUGAGUGGCUGGACGAGGGGGAUGACGCGUUGGUGGGGGCGGGUGUACAAGGUGGGGAGGGAGGGGAGAAGGGCGGAAUGGGGGUGGAGAGGCAGAGGGGAGAAGCAGGAGGGGCAGGAGAGGGAGGAGAGGGAGGAGAGGGAGGAGAGGGAGGAGAGGGAGGAGAGGGAGGAGAGGGAGGAGAGGGAGGAGAGGGAGGAGUGGCAGGAGAAGCAGCGAGUGCAGGGCAAUCUGUGCAUGAGGAUGAGCUGGUGUGCUCGGCUCCGUGUGUAGGAGAGGCCGGGGGCGUGGAGGUGAGCUCUGGGUCGGCUCAGACUUCACCAAAUGCAGAGCAAUGCUUGGCUGGGGAUGGGCGGGACGAGGUGGCGUGCUGUGAUCCGUGUGGGGGAGAGAGUGGUGGCGUGGAGGGAGGCGGGGCGCGGAAGAGGAAGAGAGAUGUGCAGGAGGGAGAGAUGUGCAGCGAGGAAGGCCCAGCGGAGAUGCAGGGAGAGGUGAAUUUGAGAGGCGAGGAGGGGCUUGUAGGCCCAGAGGAGAAAGCGGAAGAUGAAGCUAAGGGGGAGGAGGCACGGGAAGAGGCUGAUCAGGAAGCCACUGGACUUACUGAAGCCACAAGGACCGCAACAAACACGACAGCCACAACAGCUGCAACAGACGCAACAGCCACAGCAGCCACAACAGCCGCAACAGGUGCAAGAGACACAAGAGGUGCAAGAGGCACGAGAGGCAUAGAUGUGCUUCUCCCGUCUGCCCUCCUCAUUGCAUCUCCUCGCCUCCAUCCCUCUGCUUCACCUGCACCACCCCUUCCCAUCCCACCCACAUCAACCUUACCUCAGCCUCCCCCCGCCUCCUCCUCCCCACCUGUUGCCUCAACCCCUGUUGCUCCUGCCACCUCUGCUCCCUCCUCCUCUGCUCCCUCUUCCUCCGCCCCCUCCUCUGCUCCCUCCUCUUCUCCCUCCUCCUCCGCCCCCUCCUCCUCUGCUCCUUCCUCCUCCUCUGCUCCCUCCUCCUCUGCCCCUUCCGCUGAUCCUGCUUCUCCCACUCCUUCAACCCGCACUGCUCCUCCCCCCUCUCCCCCUGCUGCUCCCUCUCCCCCUCCUCCUGCCAGGAAGGAGCAGAAGGAGCAGGCAGCGCACGUGUCAUCUCCCGUGUCUCUCCCAUUCCUCUCCCGUGCGUGUCUCUCUCGUUCCUCUCCCAUGUCUCUCCCGUUCCUCUCCCAUGUCUCUCCCGUUCCUCUCCCAUGUCUCUCCCAUUCCUCUCCCAUGUCCCUCCCGUUCCUCUCCCAUGUCUCUCCCGUUCCUCUCCCAUGUCUCUCCCGUUCCUCUCCCAUGUCUCUCCCGCUCCUCUCCCAUGUCUCUCCCGUUCCUCUCCCAUGUCUCUCCCGUUCCUCUCCCGUAUCUCUCUUUCGUUUUUUCCAAAACUCUCCCGUGCCCUCAAUUUCGCCGCCUCAUAUCUCCCACCCACAGGCAACGAACCAGCCCUCCCCAAGGGUUGUGACGAGCAAAAGGCGGCCCCACCUCGCCCCAAUGCACUUGCAGGCGCAUGCAGCAGGCGGGCAGGCCAUGGGAUGGGAUGGAAGCUGCCCUGGCGUGCCCUCCCCAGGAGCAGUGACCAUCAGGCGGGCGUACCUCACCCCGAUGCAGCUGCAGGCGCAGCAGGCCAUGCGAGCCAUGGAGGCUGCAGAGGCUGAGUGGCGCCGGGAGGAGCAGCAGCGCCAGCAGGCAGCGCACACACUUAUCUUCACUCCCAUGUCCCCCGUUCCUCCUGUUUCUCCCAUUUUCCCCAUGUCCCCCGUUCCUCCUGUUUCUCCCAUUUUCCCCAUGUCCCCCGUUCCUCCUGUUUCUCCCAUUUUCCCCAUGUCCCCCGUUCCUCCUGUUUCUCCCAUUUUCCCCAUGUCCCCCGUUCCUCCUGUUUCUCCCAUUUUCCCCAUGUCCCCCAUUCCUCCUGUUUCUCCCAUUUUCCCCAUGUCCCCCGUUCCUCCUGUUUCUCCCAUUUUCCCCAUGUCCCCCGUUCCUCCUGUUUCUCCCAUUUUCCCCAUGUCCCCCGUUCCUCCUGUCCCGAACCGGCCCUCCCCAGGGGCAGUGGUGACCAUCAGGCGGCCCCACCUGAACCCAAUGCAGCUGCAGUCACAGCAGGCCAUGCGAGCCUUGGAGGCUGCAGAGGCAGAGUGGCGCCGGGAGGAGCAGCAGCGCGAGCAGGCAGCGCAGCGCGAGAGGGAGAAACAGCGGAAAGAGAGGGAGCGGGAGCGAGAGCUUGAGCGGCGGCAGCAGCUGCUGGGGGAGAUCGGGGUGGAGCACGAUUGCUGGCCGUCGGAUUUCCUCCGAAAGAGGAUGCAGAGCCAUCAGAUUGCUGCGUUCCGAUUCAUCUGGCACCACCUGGUGGCUGGGGGCGGGGGGGGGCCAGGGGAAGGGCGAGUGGGAGCAGGGGGAGGAGACGUGAAAUCACAGGAGAGGGAAGUAGGGGGGUGCAUCUUGGCGCAUGCGCCUGGCACGGGCAAGACGCUGACCACCAUCGCCUUCAUCGAGAAGCUUCUCUCCCUGCAUCACCAUCAGCGGCUCACUCGUGGUGAGACGGGGCAUCUCAGUGCCUCUGCUGCUGUGUCUGCAGCAAGCGGCACCCCGCCGCGCAUCCUGAUCGUGACAGAGCUCUCCAUAGUGGACUCAUGGUGGGGCGAGUUCCACAAGUGGAUCACCACCCGCUCCCAGCGCGCUGUCAUCCCCUCCCUCAAAGUCCUGGAAGGCGGGGGCGCAGGGGGGAUACGAGAAGCAGAGAGGGUGGCCAAGGCGUGGGCUGCUAAGGGUGGUGUGUUGAUUGCGACUUAUGGGUUUCUGGAAGGGGUGAUUGAGAAGCGGGGAGUAGGGGGGGCAGGAAGGGCAGGCGGGGUGUGGGGGUUGGGGUCGCAGGGGCGGGAGGAGGGGGUGUGGGCGAGGGGCGAGGUGAGACGGAUGGUGGUGGAGGAGACGGAUGUGCUCAUCUGUGACGAGGGCCACCGCAUCAAAUCGCCCUCCACCAUCUCGCACCGGGUAAGCACAGCGUGCGUGUGA